AUGUCUAUCUUAAUCGCUUUUCAAAAAAUAUUUCUACUCGGCCUGCUAGUUGGCGUCGGUAGUGCAAAAGCCUACGUCAGGCCCACACCAUUUUUUCCACAAUCACGUAUAGUAGGUGGAGCCACUGCCAGUGAAGGACAAUUUCCCCAUCAGGUAUCGCUGCGUUGGGGUGGAACUCAUGUUUGUGGUGGUAGCAUUAUCUCGCCCACAUACAUUGUGACUGCGGCACAUUGUGUGACUCGAGGAUCACCACCAGAAGCUUUCCCCGCCGACCACAUAAGCAUACGUGCCGGCAGCCGUGACAAGACCCAUGGAGGUCAAGUCAUACAGGCAUCGCAACUGAAAAUUCAUCCCGAUUAUAAGCGCUACGAUAACGAUAUAGCCUUGGUUAAACUAUCCAAACCAUUGGAAUUUAAUGACAAAGUUAAAGCCAUCGAAUUGGCAACUCAUGAACCGGCCACUGGAAUUCCGGUUAUAACCUCCGGUUGGGGUUUUACACGCACCGGCGGCGGUUCUACACCGAAAUAUUUACAAUAUAUUACGUUAAUGGCCCGCCGUAAUAAGGAUUGUGGACCAAGAACUCCUGAGUCGGUAUUAUGUUUAGCCCAUGGCUCGGGUAAUGGUGUAUGUAGUGGUGAUUCGGGUGGCCCAGCUGUGUACCGCAACCAAUUGAUUGGCGUUACCAACUAUGUGGUGGAUAAAUGUGGUACCACAAACUCGGAUGGAUUUGCCAGUGUCGCAUAUCAUCAUAAUUGGUUGAUAAGUAAUUCGAGGGACUGA